GUCGCGGCCGCCCCCGUCAAUGUCGGCGACGAGACCUGGCCGCUGGGAGAGGCUGUAGGGUGCAGGAGCCGGAAGCAGCGAGCAUGGCGAGUUCAUGGGACAGCUCCUCGAGCACCCUCUGGGGCACACUGGGGCAGGCCUCGAACGUGCUGCAACUGGUCGGCGUGGACGCGCUCGGGUUGGUGUCCAUGGUGGUGCAGGCCGCCCUGGUGGCGCGCCGCCAUCGGGACGCCUGCGUGCGGCUCGCGCAGCACGUGGAACUUGUAGGCGACCUGCUCGGGGAGCUGGAGUUAGCGGAGCUGAUGCGGCGGGAGGCCACCAGGCGGCCUCUGGAGCAGCUCGGCGGCGCGCUGCGGCGGUGCUACGCGCUCGUCACGGCGUGCCAAGACUGCGGCUACCUCCGCCGCCUGCUCCUGGGCGCGCGGAUGGCCGACGAGCUCCGCGCAGCGCAGCACGAGAUUGACAUGUUCAUCCGCCUCAUCCCGCUCAUCGCCCUCGUCGACAAUUCUACGGAUAAUCGUCUUGUCAAGGCUGGUGAGGGGAUGCUCAGUGUGGCCACAGAUAGUUCAAACUGUCACACCAGGUUUUCAACAAGAACUUCGGAGUUCACUAAAGUACGUGUUCAGCGAGCUACUAAACUUCGCAAUGUUGGAGACCAACCAUUCGUAGGAACUGUGGACCUUCAAGAGCAGAAACUCUUUGACAUUGAAGAACUUGUGGAGCUUUGUACUCGCAUAGAAGAGGCUUGUGUGGGUUUUGCAAAGUUCAACUUCUUUCAGAUCGCGGAUGCUACAAACAAUUUCUCAGAGAAGGCAAUAAUUGGGUGUGGUGGAUUCGGGACAGUUUACAAGGGUCAGCUGCCUGAUGGACUUAUGGUUGCCGUUAAACGGCUUGAUAAGCAUGCAACAAUAUUCGAUUUUGACAGUGAGUUGCAGCUUGCAAAGCUUCAGCAUAUCAAUCUGGUUAGGUUAUUGGGGUGGUGCGUCCAUGGGAAAGAAAGGAUUUUUGUCUACGAGUUCCUCCAAAAUGGUUCCUUGGACCAUUACAUAUCUGACAGAACAAAAGGGCCAUUGCUAGACUGGUCUAAGCGACUCAAGAUAAUCGCAGGGUUAACAGAGGGCUUUGUUUACCUGCACAAAGGCUCCAGGUUCUGGAUCGUCCAUAGAGACUUAAAACCACAUAAUAUCCUCUUGGAUUACAACAUGAUCCCAAAGAUUGCUGAUUUUGGAUCAGCUAGAGCACUGAGCUCAGACGUCGCAGAAGAGCGUACAAUCAGGGUUGUGGGGACUAGUGGUUACAAAGCACCAGAGUAUGCAUCUGAAGGAGUUUACUCAAUGAAGACAGAUGUGUUCAGCUUCGGCGUCUUGGUUCUGGUGAUCAUUAGCGGACGGAAGAAUACCAUACUCGACAAGGGAGGAGAUACUGUUGGUGAACUUGUACGAGAUGCCUGGUGUAUGUGGAAGGACCAAAGGUUGCAUGAGCUUGUGGAUCCGGCAUUAGGGAACGUAUAUGAAAUCGCCGAGAUUACGCGGUGCACUCAGGUGGCACUGCUUUGCGCUCAGGAAGAUCCAGCAGAUCGGCCCACCAUGACAGAUGUUGCUGCAAUGCUGAACUCUGAAGGCAUGAGCUUACCAAUGGAGCCUAAGCAGCCUACUGCACUGAGUAAAGGGUGUGCUGGUGAAGACACGUCGUCGGCAUACAUGGGCCAAACAAGUAGGACAAUAGACAUAACUAUAACAAGUUCGGCUCCCAUGUCGACUAGAGUUCAAAUCAUUCUAGGCCCAGAGGUUUGAUAUGAUGAUGAACAUUCAGUAUCACAUAUAAUUAAAAUAUGAGUAAAAUCUUUACAGCUGGGAUAGUCUACAAGAUUACAGAUAUUAAGUUCAGUCUUGAGUAAAAGGAUGAGAUAGUAUAUACAAUAUUGUACUGUAGAUAUUAAGUGCAGUUUUGUGAGUGAGUAAACAUAUUUGUGGUGUACUGAACUUUUGUCGUUGCUAUCCUAGCAAGUUUUAACCAGGAGUGCCCAUAUAUGGGACCAGAUA